AGCGAGCAUUUGAUGGAUGCCACCACUGUAUUAUCAUAUCAAGACAGUCAAACAAGAACGAAACAACUCAAAAAAGAGAAGAAAAAAAACUCGUAUGGUCUUUGUUUAUCUGCCGAGAAGAAGCACGGUGCACACUGUAAAAAAGUUUUUAAAAAAGCGUUGAUAUGACUUAGAAACACGUAGUUCCUCCGCCUCAUUUAAAUGACUGAAGUGUUUUUUGUUUUUUUUUACAGCGGUCAGACUGCCUGGUUCCUGGAAACCCCUCAGACGUUUCUGUGCAGAGUGGUUUCAGGAUUCCUCAGCCCACCCAAAAAUGUCAGAAUGACCUCCCAUAACAUGAAUAUGGUGCUGAAGUGGGAGCCACCUGAAGGGGCAGCCAGCGAUGUAGUCUACACCGUUGAGUCCAUAAACAAAUUCUCAGGUAUCAAAGAGGUCUGUUCGAACAUCUCCACCACCGAAUGUGACAUCGGCAGUCACAUAGAUAUCAACGUGUACGGGAAAUAUGAAAGCAGAGUGCGGGCACAGUCGGGGGCUGAGAGCUCUCUUUGGGUGAAAAGUAACAUGAUUGUCCUGGACAAAGAUACUGUCAUCGGUUCACCCAGUGUCUCUCUCUUCCCCAAUGAGGGUGCCAUCGAAGUCAGCAUUACUGAGCCAGUGUUCGCGACCUCAUCACUCAGGGAUGUAUACCAGUCUGCCGUCUACACAAUCACCUACUGGAAGGCUGACGAGAAGAAAGAGGUCUGGAACAUCAGUGACAUACAGCAAAACCGGGUGGUUCUGAAUGACCUGGAUCCCCAGACCAAGUACUGCGUCCAAGUCCAAAUCCAAAUCAAGAUAGAUCAGAACAGCAAUCCUAGCAAGCCCAGCGCUCCUAUCUGUGAGAACACCACCCAUGACGAGGGACCUCAGUGGGUGGCAGCAGUGGUGACAUUUGUCUUCAUGGUCAUGGCGGUGACUCUGGUGGUGGUCACAGUGGUGUAUAGGAAAAAGAUAUCCCACUUUCUCUGUCCAAAAGACACGCUGCCUCAGCACUUUAAAGAGUACCUGCUGGAACCCCCCAAAUCAUCCAUCUACUUGGCCAUGCGCAACUCCCACCCACCUGAGGAGAUUUACCACCAGGUCAGCAUCGUCACAUACGGCAAGACAAUGGAGGAAGGGCGCCCUCUGGAGGUGGCAGGGAACUUUUACAGCAGAGAGCCUGUUGUCACAGUGAGGGAGAGAUAAAAGUAAAGAGAGGAAAGACUGAAAAGCACAGAAGCAAUGAAGAAGAGCUGAUCUACAGGCUGCUGUCAGACAGGACUGUUAGAAACAUAAGCAGCAACUUUCAAGACACUGAGAAACAGUGAAAUGAUGGAGCUUUGCUUGACUUCAGAGUUUUAAAGCAGUAAAUUCUGCAGUAAAUCCCUGUAUUACUCCUUGAAUAGGUGUUACUGUGACGUUAUUGUAUGGCAGAGCCACAGAGAGGUUUAGGUACAGGAUUGAUACCUCAUCCAGGUGGUGUCAAUUCUGUGCUGUACGUCUCUGUUGUUGCUUGCAGUAUUACAACAUACUGCACUUAACUGAAGAAGCAUGGCACGCCCAACCGGAGCUGCCCACACUAAAGUGUUUAAGCUGCCUAGACACAUCCCCCAUUAACCGUGUUUGACUCUGUAUUAUUGAAAUUGACAUAUCUGACAAUUUUGUAUUGACAAAUCCGAUGGCUGACUUGUGUUGUGCUGCCACCAUUACUGUGGUGACAGAGUGGAACUGAACGCAUUUACACUGACAACCUCCAACCUCCGACAGAUGAAGGUAGUCUGUGUGAAUGUGGAAGUUUUUCAUUGUAAAAACACUUGUCUGUAAUUGGUUCUGAUGCAGGCUUUUGGACAAAAAUAACAUGAUCGUACUGCUUCUGUCUGACCUCCACAGUCUGGAUGAAGUGUUGUGUGGAGGAAAUUAUUGAACCCAGCAGGAGGAGGCAUUAUGUUUUCAAGUUGUCCAUCCGUCUGUCCAUCCCAUUCUCAUCAACGCGAUAUGUCAGGGUCACCUUGAGGGAAUUUCUUCAAAUUUGGCACAAACAUCCACUUGGACUCAAGGUUGAACUAAUUAGAUUUUGGUGGUCAAAGGUCGCUCUGACCUCAUAAAAUUCACAUGCUAAUUAUGACAAACUUUCACACAAAUGUCUACUAGGAUAAAAUGAUGAUGUGAUGAGAUUUUAUAUCUAAAAGGUCAAAGGCCAACUUCACUUUGACAUCAUAAUGUUUUGCAAAAACACUUUUCUGGCCGUUAUUCAACACCAUAACUCAGGAACAGAAGGGGAGAUUGUGACCAUAUUUCAGAUUUGGUCAGAUACUGAAUUGGUGACACUAAUCUUGGUGCCCAACUUGAAACUGUGAUGAUUUUAUAGCCACUUUUAUGGGAUCUCCCAGACAAAUUUCAUGGCAAAAGCACCCAGUCAGUGAGAUCCUUCUACAUACAUUACAGUGUUAUAUACUUGUUUACCAGUGAGGUGCCAUCAAAGUGCCUAUUUUCGCCUUCAACACAGAUUCGUCUAUAAACUGCCAUUCAGUGGGCGCAUUUUAUGAAAUAUACACUCUGCCUCAGAAUUCAGUGGUGAUGGUUGAGAGAAGCUAGAGCUGGAAGUGUGUUUGUCAUGGGCUCCGGCGGGAAGGGGGGGGGGUGAGGUGGUCAUGUGAUUACAUUGGAGACAAGGCAGCUGCAAAGCAAACACAAUGUCCAGCUCAAAGGUUUACACAUUUGAUUUACUCAGUUGAACUUAAAUAAACACAUUAUUUUUAAGGUGCGCCAACAACAGUUGCUUUUGCUUCAUUCUUCAGUCACAAUGCAGUGUAUAAAUAACGUCUUAAACUUGUGUAUAAUAUGUAAAGAAAAGAAAUAACCUGUGAUGUAAACAUGAGAUAAAUAUGUCAUAAUGAGUGAGCAUGUUUAUAUUUUCCAUGUUUUCCUUAAACUUAAUCGAAGAUGAUGAAUAAGAUGAUUGCACAUUAAACUCCAAUGAACAACUUUU